CCCGCUCCCCCCAAGUGUACGGGUGAAAAUUGGAAUUGAUUUAGAUUGCUUUAUUUGUCGUGAAAUUAUAAAGCGUCUUUAUUGAACAGAUGUGCACUUAAAUCCCCGUACUAUCCAAUUGCGCUCCGGCCUCAGAGAGAUCGAUGUAUGGCGGGGACACACGCUGACACGUUACGUGUGCCUGUCUCCGCUUCGGUCCCUUUUCGGAUGCGAGAGAUGCUGAUCUGCAUCCACGGCAAGUUGUAAUCAGGAGGCGAGUCACGGGAUGCCGUGCGUGCGGCUGGCGUCACACAGACGAUAGCCUGAUCCGGCGGGAUGUGUGGCUGAGAAAAGACAAACGGGACUGGCUGUGGAAAGAGAAAGAAACUUGUUGACUCGUCUCCGUAGCGCUGGAAUUCAGUCUAUUGCGUGACCUCUCAAUCUACAGGAGCCGUCCGUUAAUUCGGGCUUAGAAGCGCUCGCUUCUUAUACAGGGCGGAUAGGUUUAUUUUGGGGAAAUUUUCUGCACGUUUGUCGAAACUCCAAAAAUAAUCACCUUUUGAAUUGACACAACUUUCACAGUUGCGGUACCAAGAAGGACUCGUGUCAGAUCUUGGACCCGAGCGCUCUUCGACGGCGGGGCGAUGGCUUUCAUGGUGAAGCACAUGGUGGGGGGACAACUGAAGAACCUGACCGGCACUUUGGGGGACGACAAAUCGGACGGUGAGAAAUCCGAAGCCGGUUCUAAGGGGAUGACCGAAGAGGAGUACGAGCAGUACCAGCAGCAGCUGCUGGAGGAAAAGCAGGAGAGAGAUGCCAACUUUGCCCAGCGGAAGGCAGAGCGUGCCACGGUCAGGACCCACUUCCGGGAUAAAUACCGGCUGCCAAAGAGUGAACUGGAUGAUGCACAGAUCCAGCAGGCAGGGGAGGAAGUGCAGCUGCCAGCAGAGCUGGCCAAGAUGAUCGCGGAGGACAGUCAGGAGACGACCCACAAGCGGUCAGUCAUUGGGCAGCUGGGCAACAUCCAGAAUGUAGACCUGGACCAGCUGAAGGACAAAGCACAGUCCACGUUGGAAGACCUCCGGCACUCGGCCGAGAAGUGUGACGUCAUGUGAUCUGUCACUCCGCCUUCCCCCUGGCUCCCGGGGACCCGCCCCCGCACCGUCGUCACUGCCGGUCACGGUCAUUGGUACCAACACAGACGUGACCACAUAAGUCAACUUACAUGCAAACCAACAAACACCAGCCAUUCAGGCCAAACCAUUUAAAUACACAAACACAAAAAGAGAGAGGAGUUAGAUUAUAGCUUUGUCAACCAGCUUGGUGAAGAAUCUUUAUGGAGCUGUGCAGAAUGAGCAAAAUAGUCUCAUUUCCUCAUUAUAUUUAACUUCAGUCCCAUUUUUUUCAAUUCUCUUUUUCAUUAUUUUGUUACUCCCAAGCAAGGUAGCGUCAAGCAUGUCUGCAUCCAAAUAAGAAAACUGUAUUUAUUGUAAACGCUUGUACCCCCAUCCAUCCAACCAUCCAUCCAUCUAUGUUAUGAUGAACCACUCCAUCAAAGCCCAUCUUUGUGACACACUUGUGUAUGAAAUUUUGAAAUGAAAUUUUAUUUUUUGAUAUAUGAGGCAUAGUAGCAUAAUGCCAACAUCCUCGCUGUGUGUGUCUGCGUGUCUGUGUAUAUAUACAGACAUGCACACACACACACACAUACACACACACACAG